AAAAAGUGGAACAAUUGGUCCAAACACUUGAAACCCAGCUCAUGCUGAAAAUAUCAACUUUGGAAAAAAAGGUGAUCAUUUUUUUUCUAGUUGUCGGAGUUACAGUCAAUUAAGUGCCUUUCUUUAACACAAUUGUUUCAUUAAUUGCUAGUAAUUUAUAUAAAAUUUUAUUAAUUUAUAGUAUGAACAAGAUAUUAAAGAACUUAAAUUAAAGGUAAGUUGCCACAAGAUUCAAUAUAUAUGACAUACAAAAUACAUCUAGUCAUGAUACUGGAUACCUGGUGAAGUAGUACAUUGAACCAGUCUUUACAUAUAGGUCUGGAUCAAAAUUAAUUCAAUCCUAAUGGAAUGGAUCAAAAUUAAUUCACCUAAGUUUAAGUAUAGUGAUUAAAUUGUUCAAUCUUAUUGAGAUGUCCUCUAUUUCGGACUGGACUAGAUUUCAAAUCCUCACAUUUUGAUCCACUCUGUACGAGGCAAUCAAAUUGUGCGGACUUGCAUGAAAUCUAGUCCUGAGUCUGGGGCCUCUACAGUUGAAUUUGAAAUAUUACAUAAUUUUAUCAAAUUGAAUGAUUUUUUCUGUUGUUUCCAUAGCUGGUGGAGUUUAUUCAUACCAAACAUUCCUAAUAAUUUUUUCACACUUAUAAUUGCAGGCUAUCAUAAAUACCACCAUUAAUGCAGUGCACAAUAAUGUUUAUAAUAGUGAUCGAGACCACCCUAUAAUUAGAGUAUACACUAAUUGUUACAGUCAAAACGGAAAUACCUGGCUGUGCACACUUCCGCUUGUGUAGUUCGUUGUGUAAUACUGUAUUUCUGUAGCUGCUAGCUGAAAAAUGUUUGUUCAAAAAUCGUGCAUUUAAAGCUAUAACUAUAAAUAACUGUUGUGGAUUAGCCAACGCAUAUUCCAUCCAAAAUAAUGCUAACAAACAAAGAUAAGUCAAGAAUAAGCGGCUUCUUUCGGUGAAUUUUUCCGAGCUUCUGUGGAAAUGUCAGUAUUACACAACAAUUUAACUACAGUAACUGAAGUGUGCAGGUAUUUCCGUUUUGGCUGUAAUUGUUUCGAUCAUGCAGAAUGAUGUAUAUAAUAUAAUGUUUUUUAAUUUUCUGUUUUGUAUACAGCUUCAACGAAGUGAAAAUCGUUUGCAGCUACUAGAGGAGAAAGAAAAAGAAUUGUGUGAGAAAGAAAGAAAGACUGCUGUAUGUUGUACUUCAAUUUUUUGCAAUGUUAUUUUCUGUUGUGAUGAACAGGAGCUUACAGCAGAAUUUUAUCCAAUAUCACAAUUGUAUGCUAAAUUUAGCUUUUAUUAGUAGUUAGCUUAAUAUAUUGUGAUUAAUUGGUGAUUAAUCGGUUGUCGACACAACUUAAUUCUUUGGAGUUACACUUAUUUUGUAUUUUGCUAUAAAAAACAGAGUAAAAGCAUAUAUUAAUAGCAGCAAUAGGAUUCUAUAUUCUGUAGAACAUCCUAUACGAAUUCCUAUAGGAAUUUCCUAUAGGAGUUUUCUAUAGGAAUUUCCUAUAGGAAAUCUAUUCCAAUAGGAUCCUAUAGGAAUUCCUAUAGGAAAUUCCUAUAGGAAUUCUAUUCCUAUAGGAUCCUAUAGGAAUUCCUAUAGGAAAUUCCUAUAGGAAUUCCUAUAGGAAAUGGCAUUUCCUAUAGGAAUUCCUAUAGGAUCCUAUAGGAUUUAAUCUGUUUUGAAUAUAAAACGAACUGAUGGACUCAUGGAUAAUAAAAUGAAUGGAUAGGAACUAGCUGACGUGUCCUAAUGUUUUCAAUGGGCUGAUGGCGUGGUUGGAUGUUGAAACCUUGUUGCAAACCAAAUUCUCAAAAACGGCGCAUGUUUAGCAAUAAUACGCCAUUCUACGAUGAAAUCUCUAAGUAUUACCAGUCAAUUUUAGCAAAUAUUUCAAGCACUAAACAGUGAAAAAUGCAUCGCAAAUUUCGUUAAAAUUGGCGACGCCAAUUUCAUAGCUACAAAUGUAAAAAAAAUACAAAACAAAGACGAAAAACAUUUACCUUGAAUACUUUGUCGUGGCUUAGGCAUGUUUUUAAAACAAUUAGACCAGUUUAUGCUUCAAUAAUACUCUUUUAAAGCGGAAAAUAUAGCGAAAAACAAAAAUGCUGAGAACUUUGGCAAUACGCGUGACGUCACAGAUUUCAACUAGGUUUAGACUGACGUCAGGAAGUUUCCUAUAUCCAGUUAUUUUACAAUCCAUGUAAAUACAAAUCACAUAAUAUCUUUGUAUUGUGUAUAGGCAAAAGAAGGAUAUGAACGACUUGAAAUUCCCCGAGUAUACCAUCCAUUUAUCCAAGGACGCAAUCAGGAGACAAUACAGAAAAUUGCCAUGGAAACAAACACGAAGAUCAAUAUUCCACCUCCAUUGGUACCAAAGGAUGAAAUUACAAUUUCUGGUGACAAGGAAGGUGUGGCUUUGGCAAAGGACAAAAUCCUUAGGAUCUAUAAGGAAAAGGUAGAUAUGUCCAAUUAUUGAGGGUGUCCACAUUGCAUGGGCAAGCUGAAAAAUUUGCUUGACUGCAUGACAAGUUUGGUAGAGCAUUGGACUAUAGCAAACCAAAAGUCGCAGGUCUGAUUCCCACUGCGGUCAAGCAAACUUUUCAGCUUGCUCGGUGUGGACAUUAAGAGAAUAAGAGUUGCCAUUGCAAACGUAUAAAGAUUAAAAACAUGCUGAUGUUCUGCGCAAAAGCCAGCACAUGUGCAUGUGAAGUUAAUAGACUUAAGUAUAGUUUGGGGCAUUUAGGUGAUGGCCACUUGUCACAAGUAAUGCAUUGUUCCUCAUUACUAACCUCCAGGCAUUUAAUGCUUUACUUAUAAGUUUGAAGUGUUUUUAACCCAUUAAUUAAGCUGAAUGUCACUAUGACGCGCAAGUCAAGGAGAUAGCGCUGCAUGAUUACCUGUGUUUUUUCAGGAGCGACAUGUGACCACUGUCAUUGAGGAAAAGAAAUCCCAACACAAAUAUGUUACUGGACCCAAAGGACAUGCAUUACAAGAGAUCUUUGCAUCCACAGGUGGGUAGGAAAUGAAAAACACUUGAAGCAAGUCUAAUAGUUUCUUUUUGAUUUCCAUCACAUUAAAUAUAGUUCAUGUUUUUGGUCUGGUGAAAACACCAGGUUUUAGCAGAUUCAACUGUUUGUUUCUAGGAGCAUCUGGUGAAAUGCCACAUUUGGACUCGGACACGGAAGCUAUCACUUUACGAGGAGAACCAAAUAGACUCGGUACAGGCUUGACCCAGGCUUAUGAGAGAGCUAACAGGGUGGGCGUUUAUAAUAAUUGUAAAUAUUAAAAUGCUAUUAAUUGUGUAGAUUUCAGAAUAAUAUAUGGGAUGCUGUGCAGUUAAAAACAUUUCUGCUGUAAGCAUUUUUUAACCGCAUGGCGGCCUUUUAGACCCUUAAAAGUUUAUUAUAAAUACCAUGUUUGAACAAAAGUAUAGAUCCUUGAUUGUGUAAUGAAAGACCAAGAGCAUGCAUCCCAAUCUUUAAUAGUUAUAACAGCGAAAGUGCGCCUGCCUUCGGUCUUCUAUUUUGUGUCUACCAUUUGUUCGCCAAUACUGCUUACUGAUUUAACCUGCCAAUCAAGUACCACUGGUCAUAUCUUCCGCUAACUAAUGAGUUCAUGUUUACUGUAGCGAGCAAAUACUGAGGGAAUCUCGUUGGCUCCCAGUUUUGGACAAUUGGGUCGUGGUAUUUCAGCUGGAUUGAGUAAUUCUUCACAAAAACAGGAUCAACCUAUGGGGAACAGAUAUUCGGCAUUAAGUGGUGCAGAUAUGCCGCCCAGCCAAACGUACGAUGCCAGAAGAUCUUUAUCAGCUUGUGCAAGGUAAGCAACUGAAUCUAUAUUGUAGAAGUUUUUGUUGUACUUGCAAAGGAUAGAAACUAUAGUUAAAACAAUGGACAAAACCGCCGAUCGAAGGUAGAGCGGUGAUCAAAGUGUUUAUGGGACGAAAUUUCGCACUUUUUGUUUAUGAUUGCAUUGCCAUUGUAAAGACAAUCCAAUAGUCUGAUACUUUGCCAAAUUAUUUUAGCUUGUUUAUUUCUUGAGAUUUUAAACAAUAUUUGAUACCCAAAUCAUCUAGCUAGGACGUGAAAUUGCAUAAUCAAUAUGGUUUCUGAAAACACUAAUAUAUAAACUCUUAAAGACAAUUUAUUCAAUUUUGUCAACACAUGACAUAUAUUUGUAGUACGCUGACAUAGCACUUUCUCACGGUUUUGUGAUUUUGAUGCACGAUAUUCCAAGAUCUUGAAGUUUUUUCAGAAAGUUAUAAUUAUGACAGCUUACACCUAAACCGAAACGACAUUCGAGACCCGAUGAAAGACAUUAGCUAGAGAUGAUUUUUCCCUCACAGUACAGGAAACUGUCGAUCUGGUAGCACAACUCCGUUGAGCAAUUCAACCGCUCAGACAGAGUCUUCAACCAUCCAGUGCAAGAGUCGUCCAUACAAUACACACUUACAGGUAAAUCAAAGCUCACCAUUGUUGCAAGAAAUGACAGAGAAUUUGAAAAUGUUCAUGGAUAGUCAGAAAGAAACUCAGAAGGAGCCGGAAGUUCUGCUUUUACGGGCUGAUAGAGAAGCGACGACAGAAAAUAGGGCAAGCGAAAUCAAGGAAAUUUCAGAUAGAAUACCAGAAAAUAUUGAGAAUAUGGUUGAAAGAAAAACAGGUAAUGAAAAUACGGUUGAUCCUGAUCCAGUGGAACAGUUAAAGAGUGACAAUAUGGAUAGUGGCUUGGAUAAUUCCCCAAAUCGUGUUGUGGAUACGAAGUCGUUGGAUAGUUAUGUCGCACACGCUGUUAAUUCUGAGAUAACUGAAAAGAAAGUUGAAUGGCUAACAGAUACAAAAAAGGCCCUUGGUAAGUAAACAUUUCUUCUUAUGCACGUGCAACUGUGGUUGGAUUAUAAUCAGACAAUUGUAUAUUGCAAGAAUCAACACCCCUUCGCCGAGUUAAAAAGGUGAUGGUAUAUAGGUCAGGGCUCGAAUUUUAUGGCGGCAAUUGCCGUAGAAGGUGAACAAAUGCCGUGGAUUAUUGCGGCAACGACGGCAAUUUUUUGCCGUAUAGUGUAAUUUUUAGAUUAUUCACUGUGAAUUACUAUUUUGAUACUUGAAUUGAGAUGUUGAUCAAAUCAUGCGUAAAUUACUAGUUUAGUCUCAGUUUUCUUGUCAACAAUCCAUGCAAAGUAACAAUUAACUUAAAUUUUUAUUAAUUUGAAAAAAUGCCGUGGAAACUGCCAAAAUUGCCGUAGACAGCUGUUACGUUCUACGGCAAUUUUUAACUCCAUUGCCGUCGAUUGAUUUCAGGGAAAUUCGAGCCCUGAUAUAGGUGUAUUGUGCCAGAAUCCACUUCAUAUAGUAAUAUUCCAGGUUAUUUUUUGCAGAACCUCCCAAAAAGAAAUCAUCAAAACAAAGAAUCAAGGAUAUAAAUAAAAAAGAGACUGGGGCAGACUUAAUGGAUGCUUAUACAGAUAAACCUCCACCACAAGAGGUAAAUGAACAUGAUAAUUGAUCUAUUUCUAUGAAUAUAUCAUUGACAGAUUGGUGAAUUGAUAAAAUAAAUUACUUAUAAGUUG